AUGUCUGCCAACUCCGCGGAGCAUUCUCCCAUCUCGACCUCAUGUCCCGUGAUGGGUCCCAUCCCGACCUCCUCACCUUCUCUCUCUCCUCCUCAAGUCCUGCAUUCGCUCCCGAGGGCUCGCGCUCGGGAGGCGCGUCCAUCGGUCGCUCGCUCCGUCUCAGCUGAGCCCGACUCGGUGGUUCUCAACUCGCUUAUCAGUCUCUACUCAAAAUGCAAUGACUGGGCUGAGGCGGAGAGGACUUUGAGGGACAUGGCAAUUGACUUGUUUUCGCAGGGUAGUGCUGAUUUGGUUUCAGGUCGUAAGUUGUUUGAGAAAAUGCCCGAGAGGAAUGUGGUUGUGUGGACGUUGAUGAUGACCAGAUGUACUCAGCUGGGUUGUCCAAAUAAAGCUGUUGAUUUGUUUUUGGAUAUGUUGGGGAGUGGGCUGUGCCAGAUAGAUUUACACUUACAGCUCUUGGUGGACAUGUACGUGAAAUGUGUGGCUAGUGGAUCAAUUCAUGAUUUGAGAAAGGUGUUUAAUCGGAUGCAAGAUUGCAACGUGAUGUCUUGGACACCGAUAAUCACAGGACAUGUGCAAACUGAAGAAAAUGAGCACCAUUUCACAUUAGCUAGUGCUCUCAAGGCAUGUGGAAGUAUUUGUGAUAAUAGACAUGGGGAUUCAAAUAUACGCUAUGUCUUUGCCAAAAGUUUGGAGUCUGAUGAAGCCUUUGAACUUCUACAUGAGAUUGAGGAGAGAGGAAUUGGACAAAUGCUUUUACAUUUUCCAGCCUUUCAAGUGGAGCUGCCUGUAUUGGCGCUAUUGAUGAGGGGAAGCAAAUCAGGGCUCAACUCAAAUCAGUGCAUUCUCAAUGGUUUGAUCUCAAUGUAUUCCAGGUGUGGAAACACAGAAGCUGCUUUUUGA